AUGCUCUGAACAUAAAAACUGCCUCCAGCUCCUCCUUCAACAUCGACGGACACCUUCUUCCUCCACCAUUAGCCGGCCAUCAGACCUACCAUUGCCGUCGACCAGCAGCGCCUCUCCGCCUUCAACUCCUCUGCGCCGAUCUCUUCCCCUCGUCCCCGACGGAAAACCUAUUGUAAAUGGCAACAGCAACUUAUCCACCUCCUCCACCAUAUUACAGACUCUACAAAGAUUAUGAACAAGACCCCACCUCUGCUCCAGAACCUCCCCCUCCUAUUCAAGGAACUUACCUCUUAUAUGGUGCCAAUUACACUACUGACGAUGUAUUGCCAAGUUUGGAGGAUCAGGGUGUUCGCCAGCUGUACCCAAAAGGCCCAAAUGUUGAUUUCAAGAAGGAAUUGAGGUCGCUAAAUAGGGAACUGCAGCUGCAUAUAUUGGAGUUAGCUGAUGUUUUGAUAGAGAGGCCAUCACAAUAUGCAAGGAGAGUGGAAGAUAUUUCUCUUAUAUUCAAGAAUUUGCAUCACCUUCUUAAUUCGUUAAGGCCACAUCAGGCGAGAGCGACUCUUAUUCACAUACUUGAACUUCAGAUACAAAGACGAAAGCAAGCUGUGGAGGACAUCAAAAGGAGGAGAGAAGAAGCACAAAGACUUCUCAAGGAGGCACUUGGGACAUUGGAGGGACAAUAAAAAUAUGAAUGUUUAACUACCAAAUCAAGAAGUGGAGUAUUUUUUUUUUUUUUGUGAACUAGCACCUAAGAUUUCUAUGGUUGUAAAUGUUUCACAUGAGUCUUUAUUUUUAUUAUAGUAGAGUACAUUUUAGAAAAAGAAACCGAGCAUAUUUAAUGUUAAACCCUAAUUUUGUUUCUCAUUAUCUGUUUAAUUACAAAAGAUGUUGAGACAUGGUAA